CACCCGCCUUUUCGGACCCAUCACAUUUCCAUGUGACUUUCUCUCCUCUCUCUCUAAAAUGUGUAUAUAUAGUUUAUAUAUAUCUACGCCUGGGUGAUGCCUUACUCACCAUAGUGGGAGAUGGUAACGACACUGUAGUGUAGGAUCUCAUCUGCUACUCUCUCUCUCUCUCUCUCUCUCUCUAUAUAUAUAUAUAUGUAUACAUAACUUUCUCUCUCUAGAAGGAGCUAAAUCUCAUGAUGAAUCCCUUCAUUUGCGGUUCCUUCAGUGAGAUUUGCUGGUAAAUCCAGAGCAGAUGAGAUGAAGAUCUUAUUCGCUGGUCACUUGGCUCUCUUGGUUGCUCUAUCUACUUCUCUCACCUCCAUUUUAGCUCUCUCUCCUCCUUCGUUUCCUCAUCCCAAAGAUCCUCUCAAGUUCAUCUUAGGAGACGAGAAUUUGGGUCCAUGGAAAUACGGAAUAUUGAGCUCCACCGCAGCUCAAGCGCCAGGGCCUGAAAGCGAGGUGCCAACGAGCACGCUUGUGUUGGCGGCGAAUAGGACCAAGAGACCCGACAUUCUUCGCGGGUUUAAGCGAUAUCGAGGUGGAUGGGACAUUGCCAAUAAGCAUUACUGGACUUCGGUUGGAUUUACAGGUGCUGUUGGUUUUAUUCUUUCUUUGGUUUGGUUUGUUUCUUUCGGUUUGGCUCUUGUUGUACAUCAUUGCUGUGGAUGGAGAAUAAAGGUCAAAAGUGAAGGGUCACACUUGCCACAAAGGAUAUGUCUGAUCCUGCUUAUUGUUUUCACAUGUGCUGCAGCGAUUGGAUGUAUACUUCUUUCUGUUGGACAGGGUGAAUUUCAUGGUGAAGCAAUGCAUACUCUGAAGUUUGUUGUGAACCAGUCAGACUACACUGUGCAGACACUAAGAAAUGUCACAGAGUAUCUAUUACUUGCAAAAACCAUUAAUGUGGCCCAGGUUUUUCUUCCUUCAAAUGACAAAGAUGAAAUCGACAAGUUGAAUGCAGAUUUAAAUUCUGCAGCAGAUACACUGAGCCAGAAAACAAGUGAAAAUUCUGAAAAAAUACAGAGAGUCUUCAAUACAGUGCGAUCGGCACUGAUCACUGUUGCUGCGUUGAUGCUUCUUCUCUCUCUUCUUGGUCUUGUGCUAUCCAUCCUUGGGCACAAACAUGCAAUUCACAUAUUCGUUGUUAGUGGAUGGUUACUGGUGGCAGUCACAUUCAUUCUUUGUGGAGUUUUUGUAAUACUCAACAAUGCAAUUUCUGACACCUGUAUGGCUAUGGGAGAAUGGGUAGAUAAUUCCCAUGCAGAGACCGCUCUUAGCAACAUCCUUCCAUGUGUUGACCAGAGAACCACAAACCAGACGCUCAUUCAGAGUAGACAAGUCGUUAACGAAAUUGUAAAUAUUGUCAACCAAUUCAUAUACACCUUUGCAGACACAAAUCCGCCUCCUCAGGCCAAUCUGCCUUAUUACUACAACCAAUCUGGGCCUUCAAUGCCACCUCUUUGUUAUCCAUAUGACAGUCAGCUGCAAGUCCGCCAGUGUGCUGUUCCGUAUGAGGUGUCUAUGGCAAAUGCUUCUCUGGUUUGGCAGAACUUCACUUGCACGGUGUCAGAAUCUGGGCUAUGCACAAGUGUUGGGCGUCUGACCCCCAACAUGUAUGGCCAAUUGGUAGCAGCUGUUAACAUAACUAUUGCUCUUCAGCUCUAUGCCCCACGAUUACUUAGUCUCCAGGAUUGCAAUUUUGUACGUGACACUUUUCGGAGUAUCACCUCCGAUUAUUGUCCUCUGCUAGAGCAUCAUCUCCGAACAGUAAAUGCCGGACUUGCCCUCAUCUCGGUAGGUCUCAUGCUUUGUCUUGCUUUGUGGUUACUCUAUGCAAACCGCCCCCAAAGGGAGGAAGUGUUUGCGAAGCUAUCGUUAAGAAUUAGAAGCAGUUGCAAGAAUGGAAGCAACGCUGAUGUAAUAUCAAGAAGCACGACUCCAGGGAGAGAAGUCUAGAGUAGUAGUGUUGUGAUAUAUAUAUAUAACUAAUAUAUCUAGAGCAGGAAAUGAAAAAUAUUGAGAUUUAGAUUUGAGGGUUUUUAUUGUUUUAUUAUAUCCCUUGUUGGCCAAAGAAAUCAAGGUGGGGCGAAGCACCAUUUUGAGUUGGCCGGCAUGUAGUCUUUGUGAGGUAUGUAUUGCCUUUGUAAAGUCAAAUUAAUGCAGAUCAGCCGCUUUUCUUGUCUUCUCAUUAAAAUUUAUUACUGGCUGUAUGGUUUCCAUGUUUAAAAAUGUACUACCUCCUUUCAAUC